AUGCCCCGCAUAGAUGCGGACCUCAAGCUCGACUUCAAGGAUGUCCUGCUCCGACCUAAGCGGAGCAGCCUGAAGAGCCGCGCCGAGGUGGAUCUUGCAAGUACAUUUACGUUUCGAAACUCGAAGCAGACCUACUCAGGGAUCCCCAUCGUGGUGGCCAACAUGGACGCUGUGGGGACGUUUGAGAUGGCAGUUGUGAUGUCACAGCACUCCAUGUUUACUGCGAUUCACAAGCAUUACACGCUGGAUGACUGGAAGCGCUUUGCCGAGUACCACCCAGAAUGCCUGCAGCACAUGGCCGUGAGUUCGGGCAGUGGGCAGAACGAUCUGGAGAAGAUGAGCAGCAUCCUGGAGGCUGUGCCGCAGGUGAAGUUCAUUUGCCUGGAUGUGGCCAACGGCUACUCGGAGCAUUUUGUGGAGUUUGUGAAACUGGUCCGAGCCAAGUUUCCCGAGCAUACCAUCAUGGCAGGGAAUGUGGUGACAGGAGAGAUGGUGGAAGAGCUUAUUCUUUCUGGAGCAGAUAUCAUCAAAGUGGGAGUUGGACCAGGUUCCGUGUGUACCACCCGCACCAAGACCGGGGUGGGCUACCCCCAGCUGAGCGCGGUGAUAGAGUGUGCAGACUCCGCCCACGGUCUGAAGGGGCACAUCAUCUCUGAUGGAGGCUGCACGUGUCCAGGAGAUGUCGCCAAAGCCUUCGGAGCGGGAGCCGACUUUGUUAUGCUGGGAGGGAUGUUCUCGGGCCACACCGAGUGUGCAGGGGAAGUAAUCGAGAGGAACGGACAGAAGCUCAAGCUCUUCUAUGGGAUGAGCUCCGAAACAGCCAUGAAGAAACACGCAGGAGGAGUGGCCGAGUACAGAGCCUCCGAGGGCAAGACUGUGGAAGUGCCUUACAAAGGGGAUGUGGAACACACGAUUCUGGAUAUUCUCGGGGGACUGAGGUCUACCUGCACCUACGUGGGGGCUGCCAAGCUCAAGGAGCUCAGCAGGAGAGCAACGUUCAUCCGGGUGACCCAGCAGCACAACACUGUGUUCAGUUAACCACGGGAUGAAGCUGGAGCUGAGGCCGCUUUUCCCAUCUCCCUCCUCUCCAUCGUGCCAGAGCUUCUGGCUGCUCCCGAAAGGUGGAAUGCUGUGUCUUUUCUCCCCUUCCACCGCCUGGAGGCUUUGGGGCUCCCUAGUGCCUUCUUGAGGCCCGGAAGCAGGGCCCUGAUUGGGCCAGUGGCCCAGGACUCAUAGCCUCAUUGUUCACUUGCACCUUUUCAUUUUCUUUUAAAAAAAAGAAAAUGGUUUUACUUUAAUAUAAUGCUAUGAUCUUGAGAUUC